AUGUCCACCGCACGCCCAGCAUUCGGCUCGGCGACAUGGAUCGCGGCGGAACGAGGACAGGCGACGGAAUAUCUCGAGCAAGAGCUGGACGAAUUCCGAUGCAGCGCGUUGAAUGAGCUGGAAUGGCUGAACGAGAACAUGAGCGACAUCUUCACCCACUCCCGCCAGAAAUUCGCCGAUGUCUUCAAGACUCCCUCCAAGUUGCGGGGAAAGACUCCUCGAACCAUUCGAAAGACGGACCCGAGACAUGCGCGCGCGCCUCUGACGGACAUCUUUGCGCCCAACACUCCCGCCGGCUUGCCGCCAUCGCCGCUAAAGGCCUACAUGGGGAACCAAUUCUCGCAGCCAUCGCCCUUCAAGCAGCAGCAGCAGCAGUCACCAUUCAAGAUUGCGCCGCCGCCUCCUCAACCGAGAUCACCAUUCAAGGCCAACACUCCCGUCCAACRCUUUCCAUCUCCCCCUAAACAGCCCGUCGAACGCAUCACAUCUCCCAAGCGUGCCACCACCAGCGAUGCCACAUUUGUGUCUGCCAAGGAGCAUGACAGUCCCGCUGCGGCGGAGACCAUUCCCGAGCGGGAAGAUGUCGAAAUGGAGGAGCUUGACCCGGAGAACGUCGAGGCGGAAGAGAAGAAAGAUGUCGACAUGGAGCAUAUCCAUCCACCGGUACACGUCUACCAGAGUGAUGAAGAAGAUAAGAACAACAAAGAAAACCACGCCGGGAUUGAAGACGUGGAGGCACAGUCCGAGACAUCUAGCCCGGAGCAAGAACAGCCUCUUCAUCGCAAGAGCAGCUUCACCUUUUCUGCUCUCCCCGCCCGCGAACCUUUACAUCAAAGAUUCAAAUCCAACUCCAUUCUGCCGAAUCUGCCCUCCACGGCCGAUGCGCCCACAUCGAACCCCAUUCCAGCGUCACAUCAUCAAAAGUCGGACUCGGUCACCACUCUGCCCGCCUUUUUCGCGGGCCGAGAAACCAACAAUCUCCUCUCCGCCACCGAGACUCCCCUUCAAAAAUCGAAAUCGACUCCCGCUCUGCCAAAGGCCGUCGUCGAAGUCCAAUCCAUGACUCCGCUCCGUCCCAGCCUGCAUCAAAAGGCAAGUGCAUCGACCAUCAUCCCACCACCCGCCGCACCAGAGGCCGAGACUUCUGCCCACAAGAACAGGCUCUGGUCGGCCAUCAAGUCUGCAAAGAAGAUCUUUGCUUCAUCCGCUGGAACUAGUGCUGCCGCGAAGCUGGAAGCGCAGAGCAACGAUGAAGAGUUGGAAACUGCUUCCACCGCAACAGCAAAGACGGCCGCUCCUUCGACUGGCAAAUUGCGUGCUCCAGGAAGACUGGCUCGUCCCACUAAGGAAGUCACCCAAUCCAAGCCAGCUCCCGCCAUCAUUCGCGUGGCAUCCCAAUCGCAAAGAAUGGGCCAGGGACAUGCUGCUCAACCAUCUUUAUCCAAGUCCACAAAUGAGCGACCCCCGCCACCUUCAAGGGAUGGUUCUUCUCGCCCUGCAACCGCCAUGGCCGGCCGUGUCAAGGCUCUUGAAGCUGCCGCCAAGAAGAAGGAAGCCGAUGAGAGAGCCGCUGCGAGGAAAGCGGAACAAAAGUUGGAGAUUGAGCGGAAACGAACAGAGGUUAAGGCUCAAAAGGAGGCUGACGAAAGAAGAAAGGCAGAGGCUGAGGAGCGUCGACGGGCCGAAGUGAGGCAGCAGAAGGAGGCGGAGGAGCGAAGACGUGCUGAAGUCAAGGCUCAGAGAGAGGCUGACAAGGAGGCGGAAGAGGUACGCUCUCGCGCUGCACAUGACCUGGCUGAAACCAUCAAACGAGAGCGAGCCGUCGCGAACACAGCCCAUCCGAGAAGUGAUGUUCCUGGCACAUUGAGACAGUUGGGUAAGACUCUCAAGCCUGCGCUCAAGCGACCGAUGGAGAACGCUCCUGCAGCCGAUACAAAACGACGCCGGACGAAUGAAGAACCGGAUGAGCAAAUGAGUGGCAUGGGAUCCAGCAGACCCAGUGUCAUGGCGCCACCCAAACGACCUUCYACCAUGCGCAAGGAGAACAUUGGCAAGUUUGCCCACGGCUACAGCCACGCUCCGCCACCAGCCGCACACCACGCCGCCGGUGGAAUGUUCAAAUCUGGCAAUUCCAACCAGAUGCAACAUCUCCAACACAAACCGAUGCAUCCCAGCCAUCUUGUCCAGAUGAGCUCGGCGCGCAUCCCCUUUGCGGGAUCCGAGUCUUCCGAUCAGCAGAGGAAUUAUCCCGGGCCUGCUCAAUCGCAGUCCGCACGCAACCCCUUCGUCACGACGGAGAUUUCCAACCAACAUCAUUACACUCAACAACAGAACAACCCUCAAAUGUACAAAACUCCMGCCCGACCGGGACCACACAUGCUUCCGAAAUCCUCUCAAGCGCCCAAAUCCGCUGGCACGAUUCUAGGCGACAACAUCGAACUUCCAGAGAUCAUGACGGAUUCCGAGGAUGAAGAUUCCGAGUCGGAAGGCGGUGGAGGAGGUGGUUUCCGAGUUCCUUCCUGGGCAGCAACACCCGCGUUAAAAGUACAAUUGGAGGAUCAGCAGUUGAUUGACCCCGAGACAGUUUUCGGACCGAUUGGAGAGAUGAAUAUGGAGGAAAUGUUUAGGAACGGGAAGAAUACGGAACGAUUGAAGCAAUUCCGGAAUCGGGGCAGCUCGGCGCUCUGGGUCGAGAAUAGAGAUCAGAUUACUAGUGCCGAGAAGAGGAGGGACGGGGAGUUGAGAGCGAAGAUUGUGAGGGAUGGCGGGUGGACUUAUGAUCCGGGCGCUAUGAAAAGGGAGGGUUGA